AUGGAGCUGGGCUGGGCGUGCAGCCUCUCGGUGUGGCUGCUCUUCCUGGGCAGCCUGGCGGUGCGGCUCCUGCGCUCGGACCUGUUGCUGAGCCGGCUGCUGCUGCUGCGGGUGGGGCAGCUGGCCGUCCUGCAGGCGCUGGGCCAGGCCGUCCUGCCGCUGCCCCUCAGCGCCGCCCUCACGGGGGCCGCCUGCUUGCUCGUCUCGGCCGGCACCGCCCGGCGGAAGCGGAUCCCCGCGGGGGGGAAGGCGGUGGUGGUGACAGGAUGCGAUUCCGGCUUUGGGAAGGCAGCCGCCCAGCACCUGGACAGGCUGGGGCUGACCGUCUAUGCCAGCGUGCUGGACCUGAAGAGCUCUGGGGCAGAAGAGCUUCGGCAGACGUGCUCCCCACGGCUGACUCUCCUGCAAAUGGACCUCACGAAGGCGGAGGACAUUCAGCAUGCCCUGCAGUUCAUCAAGGCCCAGACCGGAAGGACAGGUCUCUGGGGCCUCGUGAAUAACGCUGGGUUCAAUGACACCAUUGCCAAUGCAGAACUGACACCGCUGCUCCACUUCCGCACCUGCAUGGAGGUGAACUUCUUUGGGCCCUUGGAGCUGACCAAAGGACUGCUGCCCCUGCUCCGCUCAUCCCGUGGCAGGAUCGUCACAGUCAGCAGCCCGGCUGGCAAUAUGCCCUACCCCUGCCUGGCCAGCUACGGUACCUCCAAAGCGGCUCUCAGCCUUCUGAUGGACACCUUCCACUGUGAGCUUGCACCCUGGGGAAUCAGAGUGAGCGUGAUUUUUCCAGGGUACUUCAAAACAGGUGACAGCUGUAACCCCGAGUACUGGAAGGAAAAGAAGGAGCAGCUCCUUUCAGCAUUACCUGCUGACCUUCUGGAAGCUUACGGAGAGGACUAUCUUGAGGAAAUCAACAGGCAAUUUUUGAGCUUCAUGAAGAUGGCUGUGGAGGACCUAAGCUGUGUGGUGGACAGCAUCACCGACGGCCUCCUGUCCACCAAACCACGGCUAAAAUACUAUCCCGGGAGAGGCCUGUGGCUCAUGUACUUCAUCCACCAUUACCUCCCUCACACCGUCCGGGACCUUUUCCUGAAAGCCUUUUUUAUCAAUCCAAAGCUGCCCCAGGGAUUGUGUCCCCAGGCCUGCCACCCACCCAAGGCGUUGUGA